AUGUUUCACCCUACGACGAGUUUUGCAAUACUACUGUUAUUGCCGCUACUUCUACUAUCUCACUUUGUAGCCAAAGUCCAUGCAGCCACUUACUAUCCAGCAGCCAAGUUGAUUGGUUGUUACUCACAACUACCCUCGAGCCUGAAUAUAGACUCGGAAAGCGAGUACCAGUGGCAAUCGUCUGGCUACUGUUUCCACAAUUCGUGUCCAGACUCACAAUACAUUGCUAUAAAGAACCAGGAAUGCUACUGUCUAUCACUAUUGCCCAACUCAGAGUACGUGGAAUCAGACGAAUCCAAAUGUGACAUAUCUUGUCCCGGUUACGAUAGCGAGAAUUGUGGAGGCGAUAAUGACUACUCAAUAUUCUUUGGCGUUGCAACUUCUGAAAAGGAGGAAGACGAAGAAGAUGGUAGUAGCAGUAGUAGUAGCAGUAGCAGCAGUGGCAGUGGCAGUAGCAGCAGCACGACAGCUGCAGCAGCAGCAUCAAAGAGCAGCUCAAGCCCAGCAACUACAGAAUCAGCAGAAAAGUCAAGUACAUCUUCAUUUGAAACACCAGUUUCAACUACAACAGCGUCGCGUCUGACUGUUACUAGUUUGGUCACAUCAACUGACGAAAGUGGACAAACAGUCAUAUACAAAACCUUGACCCAAACACCAUCUUCAGCUACCGCAGCCUCAGCCGAAACAACGACCGAUGCUGAUAAUAAUGCUUCAUCUUCAGCAACUGCUUCAGCGACUUCUGACUCAACAAACUCUGCAGAGUCUAGUGACAAUUCUUCUUCAGACAACAACAACAACAACAACAACAAUAGCAGCAAGUCCACGUCAAAUAAAUCAACAGUAGGCCCCAUUGUAGGAGGUGUUGUGGGCGGAAUUGUUGGUCUCGCAGCUAUUGGCGGUCUCAUCUUUUUCUUUGUCAAACGAAGAAAUAGAGAUUACGGCGACGAUGACGAAGACAGCUUUGAUGAUGGUUUCUACAAUGCCGACAAGUAUCAAGGACAGCAAAUGCAACUGCAACAACAACAACACCUGCACCUGCAAUUGGGACUUCCCUUUGCAGCCGUUACAAGAAACAAUGGCGCAGCCAAAGGGUCUCGCAAAGCCACCAAAAACUCCAACAUUACAGAUUUGGAUAUGCCAAUGGUUAACCCAUUCCUGCAUCCCGAUGAUAGUCUUACAAGUACCCAACUCAACCAAGGAAGUCUACUAGGAAAUUCAAAUUCAUCACACAAUAACUCCUCUGUACACACUGCAGCUGGAAAGAUGGGGUUGGUCGACCCUCGAACAAACCCUGUCAUGGUUGGCAGAAGAAGGCUCUCGGAAGGCUCGUUGGACGACGAGGCUAUAUACAACCAAAGAAAAACAUUACACGUGAUAAACCCCGACGAUCGAAGGUCACAAAUGCUACAAUAA